AUGGUGUAUGCAUCAGACUUACAGCCCCGUAAAGGGUCCAACUCUAUCUAUCUGCGGUGGACCUUGCCUCAAUCGUCCUUCGAUCUCGAAUACGACUCUGACGGUGAUCUUGUUCGCUCUGUGAAGUCCCAUGAGCUUUACUACUCUGUUCAGUGUGACUCUGAGUGUACAGAUUUGGACAGCGUAGGCGAUCAACUCUGGAACGGUGCACUGUUCCUAGGCUGCUAUCUGGUGGAGAACCCAUUCCUGGUAGAGGGCAUUGCAGUAUUGGAGCUGGCCUGCGGGGUCGGCGCUUUGGGUGGUCUCUAUCAAGCCUUGUGUGUCCAACGAGCUGUAUUAACGGAUUUUUCACGAGCUGCUCUGUCCCUGUGUGAUACCAACAAUGUGGACAACGAUAAAGUUGCGGUCAGACGGCUCGACUUCAAGGAUCCUGAUACGUACUUCGACGCCCUCGAUGAGGACAUUGGGUUGAUAUUAGCUGCUGACGUGUGGUAUGAUUUUGCUAUCAAUGACGCUUUCGGCGAUGCGCUCUUCGCCCUACUUUCGAGGUUCAGUCGAGCGGAAGCCAUCCUUUGUUGUGAAGAACGGUUGAAUAUCGUCCAUCCUGCAAUACCGCCUUGCGAUGUUUUCGCCCAAGAUUUCUUUGAUAAAUUUGCGAGUGGUGAUAACGCACGCUUCAGCAUUACUGAGCUUCAACCACAGACAGAUAUAGUUCGGCAUCUCAGCCUGGCUGGAGGGCCAACGGGCAGUCUUCUACGUCACUGUAAACUUUACGAGGUUUCCUUGGUUCUCGAGCGGUCAUCUCAUUGA